GCCCCGGGGCUCGGCGCGGUGGCACGGCCGCGGUGACAGCCGGCUCCCGACACGGGGGGGGACGUUCCGUGCCCGCUUGGAACCCGGUGUGCCCGUGUUUGAGUAACGCAGCGCAGUGUUUUCCUCCGGAGUUAUUCGGCCGCUGGUGAAAUUACAGAUCCUGCCCUUGUUGGCCCAUCGGAUCUCAGUGUUCAGGCUCUGAUCUGAAGUUGCAGCCCCGCUACAGGUGCAGCCUCGGGCCAUCCCGUGAGUGGAUUCUCCUGGUAACGCGUUUCUCACACACGUCACAUCUUGGUUCAAAACCUUACUGCAAAUGUGUGUCACACAGCUUUGCUGAAAGGUUAAAAUAUCUCUGUAGCAUUGCCUGAGACUGAUGAUACCUUUUUUCUCUCUCUUUUUCUUUUUUUUUUUCUUUUUUUUUUCUUAAAAAAAAAAAAAUUGCCUAAAGCAGUGGAAAUACUUGAAAGCUUCUUACUAAAAACAGGCGUUUGUUUCAAUGUGGUCCUUAUUGCCUGGUUUACUGACAUAAAGAGAAUUACCUUUAUCACUGGCUGUCUUAAAGCUAUUGUAGUUCUGAUCUACCAGUGUGAUUUUACUUAUUUAUUUAUUUAUUUACUUUUGGUUUUGCGUUUCAUUCUGUUUGACCAGUGAUCCUUCGCUAGCCAGGCUUUUUUUUUUUUUUUUUUUAAUUUAUUCCUGUCUCUAGUCAGUGUCCCGUUUUGGUUUGGUUGUGUGAAGGUGGUGCUGGUGUUUGGUUUGUAAUCUUGUAGGGCAGCGUGCAGGGACGGUCAUAAAUCUGCAGCAGGGUUUGGUGGCUUUUUUUUUUUUUUUUUUUUUUUUUGUGUGUGUGUCUCUCUCUCUCUCUCUCUGUUUUACUUUCAGAGCAAUAACUUAACUUUUGUCCUUGCUCUGUUGAGCAAAAGUGAAAGUUAGAUGCUGGGUGCAAACUUCUGCAAUCAGUUAUCCUUUUUAACCUUUCAUAGCUGUAGAUUCCUCGUGCGGAGGAGACUUGGUGAAAAAUCAGUCGCCUCAAAAAGUAAACCGGGAGCGAUUGAAGCUUUCUCUUCUCUGAGUAAAACAGCUUAAUUAUAACAGAAACAUUUGCUCCUGCAGUCACCUCCACAAGAGGCAGUUAAUUAAAAUCUGUCACUGCCCAACCAGGGGCUUCAACUGGAACCUCCUGUGCUCUCCAGGCUGGAUGGGGAGCAUGACACCCUCCUGUUAUUCCUGCAGAUGCUCACGGAAGACACUGAGGGAGAGGAGCAGGAGCGUUCUCGAUAGUCCUGUCUCGGCACGAUACCAGUCUAGGUUUGAAUUGUUGCCACCUUGAACGCACUGGGCUGUAUUUGAAAUCUUAACGAAAAGAUGUAAUUUCACUUCCACCUGGCCCGUGGCAACAGGUGCAGGUUUACGGAGUAGCUUCUGGAAUAGUUCUAGCACUCGACCCCCGUUAAUGGCGGGGUCUGGGCAGGCCCAGCGCUGCCACGCCAGCCCCUAGAGGGGAAAAUACAGCCCGGUUCCUGUGCCUAAGUUUUAGUUCUGUGGGUUUUUCCCCCUUCCCCAGAACCUUUGCUCUUGAAGAUGGUGAGUAGCCAGCCUAAGUACGAUCUAAUUCGGGAGGUUGGUCGUGGCAGUUAUGGUGUGGUGUACGAAGCGGUCGUCAGGAGGACCUGUGCCCGCGUGGCCGUGAAAAAGAUCCGGUGCCACGCUCCGGAGAACGUGGAACUGGCUCUGCGCGAGUUCUGGGCCCUUAGCAGUAUCAAGAGCCAGCACCCCAACGUCAUUCACCUGGAGGAGUGCAUCUUGCAGAAAGAUGGCAUGGUGCAGAAGAUGUCCCAUGGCUCCAGCUCCUCCCUUUAUUUACAGCUUGUAGAAACCUCAUUAAAAGGAGAAAUAGCCUUUGACCCCAAAAGUGCUUAUUACCUGUGGUUUGUGAUGGAUUUCUGUGAUGGAGGAGACAUGAACGAGUACCUGCUGUCCCGAAAGCCCAACCGCAAGACCAACACCAGCUUCAUGCUGCAGCUCAGCAGCGCCCUGGCCUUCCUGCACAAAAACCAGAUCAUCCAUCGGGACCUCAAGCCCGACAACAUCCUCAUCUCCCAGAGCAGGGUGGACGCCAGCGACCCGGAGCCCACCCUGAAAGUGGCGGAUUUUGGGCUGAGCAAGGUGUGCUCGGCCUCCGGGCAGAACCCCGAGGAGCCCGUCAAUGUCAAUAAAUGUUUCCUGUCCACUGCCUGCGGCACCGACUUCUACAUGGCCCCCGAGGUGUGGGAGGGACACUACACGGCCAAGGCAGACAUCUUCGCCCUGGGCAUCAUCAUCUGGGCCAUGCUGGAGAGGAUCACCUUCAUCGACACCGAGACCAAGAAGGAGCUGCUGGGCAGUUACGUGAAGCAGGGCACGGCCAUCGUGCCCGUGGGCGAGGCGCUGCUGGAGAACCCCAAGAUGGAGCUGCUCAUCCCCGUGAAGAAGAAGUCCAUGAACGCCCGGAUGAAGCAGCUGAUCAAGGAGAUGCUGGCGGCCAACCCGCAGGACCGGCCCGACGCCUUCGAGCUGGAGCUGAGACUGGUCAACAUCGCCUUCAAGGACAGCAGCUGGGACACGUGAAGGGGCUCGGCGGGAGCUGCCUGGCAGGCAGAGCCUGAGCUCACCUGCAGGGGGUGGUUUUCACCUCACUGGAGUUUCUCGACAGGAAUGUUGAGUUGGCCACGGUGUAAAAUCCCAGAGUGAGACGUGAGGGUGUUCCUUGGUGUGCACUGGCAGGGGGAUGUUGAAAGAGCCAACACUACUUGAUUUCCAGCACUCUGUCAUGGAGUGUCUCAUACAUUCCAGUUUCCUAUGUCAGUAUUAGGAACUCUCAUGGAAAAAAAAAAAAAAAAAAAAAAAGGUUUGCAUGCUGGCAGUGCAAAUCUUGAGGCUUUGUAAUGUAAUCUGUGUAUAUAUUUAUGUACAUGAGUGACUGGGAGCGUGUGGCACUUAAAUUAUUUGCUGUGGGUCUGGAUGACUGGGGUCUGCUAGAAAACUGGGUGAGGAAGGUGGGUGAGAAACACUCCUUCUUCCCCAGGCCUGAAUGACUUUAUUAUUUAUUUUUGUUAUCUGAUUUCAGAGACUUGACUUUGUAAACAAAAAAAAGCAAUGCAAGGGGAUCAGCUGCUUUUGAAGUGCUAACGUGGCUGAUCUUAGCACUUAGAGCUUAAUGAGCUCAUCACCGAGGGAGUCAAAUUAAAAAUGUACAGUCAGGUGCUGGCAGGGGACUGGGUCAUUGAUCAUUUGAUUUUGCUUUUAUUUAUCGAUUAAUCUGCCUUUUCUCAACAUGCUUUCUUCUCUGGUGUCUAUAAUCCAAUAGCACCUUGAGGAUUUAUCACAGCAGAAUUCUGUGCCAUUCCUCAGUUGAUGGAAACAUGGAUGAGGGAAUCCAGCAGCAUGUUCUUAAAAUCCUUCAAAAUGCAGUGGCAGCACAGUUUUCCCACUAACUGGAUCCAGCUGAUAAUCCUGGCCAUGGCCUUUUCCUCUCUGGCACUGCCCCUGAUCCAGUGGGGAUGAGGGGACAGAGGUGGCUCUGGCCCGUGGCUCACACCUGGUGUCAGAGCUGGGAGAAGGCUCGGUGACAGGUAUGUGAAGGGUGCCAGCCUGGGUUGAUUUAUUUUUUUUUUAUUUAUUUCUCCUCCUUUUAAAGAAGUGAUCUUUAUUUGAAAGCACAGAUGGGAGGAUGGGGAGCUUUGGAGCAGCUGGAAGCUGCUUAUCCCCAGCUCUUGUUGCACAGAGCAGAUUGAGGCUGGGAGAGGUUUUGCUGAGGCCACCUGACUCUGCAGGGCUGACAGAAGCUCUUUGUACCAGCACAACACUUUGUUCUUUUGGGUGCAGGACUGACCUUUUCUGUGCAGUUUGACCUUUUGGAACAAGCAGAGUUAAAAUUGCCUUUAAAGCUGCAGGAAAGGCCAGUUUUCUUAAUAAAUUCAAUUUAAUUUUUUUCCUCCACCCAAAUAUUACUUGAAAAUGGCUGUAAGUAUUUCCAUGUAUAAUUUGCUUUUUGAAUACUGUUCCCUCUUAGUGCCCGGGGAGCAGUUCUGGGCACUCAGUGUUUAUUCUUUGAGUGUGAAUAAACAAAAUACUAUUUUUUUGUUUUUCCAAGAGCAAAAAAGAUUCUGAUUCCACCCAGCUGCUGAGGCUUUACAGGCCACAGGUGGUUCUUAGCUGGUGCUGUGUGAGGCUUUACAGGCCACAGGUGGUUCUUAGCUGGUGCUAUGUGAGCUGGUGCCCGUCACCCAGCUGGCCUUAGUUUGUAAUUCUUGUUAUUUUCUUUCACUUCAUCGUUUUAGGGAGCGAUCCUCAGACAAACACACUUCACUUCUGUGCCAGCUCUGCCUCCCAGUUCUCACAUCUCAGCAGGGUCACUGGAUGAGUAAAGUUUGAAGGGGGUUUAUAAUUCACGUUAAACUUGAGAGCUUUUUAAAAAUAAGGGGGUGAGCGUCCCCUUCUCUCACCCAGGCAGAAGUCAUAACCAGGGUGUGAACCUCCUGCAGAGUAACACUGCUCCCCUCUGAGGUGCUUUGUGACUCACCCGAUUCCCCUCUGCAGGGUUCCACUGCCUGCAGGGCAGAAAUGAGGGAAUGGCACAGGGAAGUCUUGGGGUUUUUGACUCCCAAAGUGUUUCUUUGCACUGAUUGCCACUUUAUAGGUCGGGGGUGCCUGAAAUCCCCCUCAUGGUGCUUAUCCUCGCUGUUGGGUGACACUGGUAGUCCUCGAGCUCUGUGUUCUCUUUGAGUUUUGUUGUCUGAGGUCUUUGUUUUGAGAAAACAAAUCAAGUUGUUGUAGCAGCUGCGGGGUCGUUCACCAGCGUGACACGAAGUCAAGACACUUUCCAGCACUUGGGAAAGAUUUUUUUUUUUUCCAUGUUUUUCUUUAAAAACUGUAAAAUAUAUUUUAUGGAGAAUUUAUAAUGAGGAAAAUUAUUGUGUAAUUUAUUAAGUUCAUGACUGUUUUUGAAAUAAAAUCUUGAAUUUCAA